CCUUAUCAACACACCAUACUGUGCGGCAAAUCUAAACAGUGGGAUUUGGAAUUAACAUUAAAAUUGGAGUAUCUGCGAAGAACUAUAUUGUGGGUUUGCUUCCUUAGAGGUGCCAUUUAAAUGAAGAGCAAAAUGAGAAGAAGUGAAAAACUCUUCAUACUAAAAUACUUCUUAAACAUCCUCAAUGGAAUUUUCUUGGUGUUAGGUCUUCUGCUUGUGACUUUUGGCCUUUGGAUGUCGCUAGACAGAAACAGGUUUUUCAGACUUUUGUUAUCCACAGGAGGACAUUCAGUGGCAGAUUCUGUUUCUCAUAUGCUACUUGCCAUUGGAUCCAUCAUUGUUUUUAUUGGACUCUUGGGAUACUUAGGAAGCAUUCGAGGAAACAGGUGUUUAGUAGCUGUGUACAUGGGUCUUCUUGUCCUUGUCCUUGUUAUCCAAAUGGCAAUACUUGGGGUCCUGUAUACAGGAAAGGAAAUGGCCAAUGACUUGUGGAGAGUUCAGAUGGAUGAGCUUAUUUCUAACUAUGGCAAUAAAGAUCUAUCUGCAAAGGAACAUCAGUGGAAUAUUUUGAAUGAUAUUCAGCGUAUGCUCCACUGUUGUGGGCGAUACAAUUCCACAGACUGGAAAUGGAAUAAGAAUAAAGAACAUGCAAAUCAGGUACCAUGUUCUUGCACAACAUCUAACAUGAAGAAGUGGUUUUGUGAUGCACUGAAAAAUGCAACAUAUACUAGGGGUUGCGAAGAAGAUAUUAAGACGUGGUAUGAAGAAAAUACAUGGCUAUUACUUUCAAUCAAUACUGGACUGUUAACAGUAGAAGUUCUUCAGUUCAUAGCAGCAGCCUGGCUCUUCAGAACAAUGAGGAAGAAUAUGGUUUUGCCCAGGAAUUAGCAAAAGGCCUGCAUCAUCAUUGCACAUUGGCAUAUAGCCCUAAGCGCCUUGUACUCUACUAUACAGUUUUCAGCUUCAUGCGUCCACACAUUAAUUACAAUAUUGUAAAAUGAUUGAUCUUUCAUGUUAAGUGAAGUAAUGUUGUGGUGGAUCUGUGUUUGCAUCACAUCUCACAUUUAAAACAAAUAUUUCUUUCUCUCUAGUUUUACAAAAUUAAUUCAUCUAACUGCAGUAGGUAGCAAUUAUUGACUAAUUAAACAAUCUACAGCCUUUUAAACUAUGUGUUGUUGUUGUUGUUGUUACUAUGUUACAUAUUUUUGUGUUUUUAUAUUGUAAAUUGCCUUGUGAUUCUCAGAUGAAGGGCGGUAUAGAAAAUAAGUAAGUAAGCAAGUAAGUAAGUAAAUAAAUAUUUGUAUAUCCCUGUGAACAUGAAGUAGGUCUCUCCUAGUUCAUCUCCAGUCAGAAUGCCAACUUCCUCAUGUGGCCAGACAUGGUAUGCAUUCAUCUGAAAGCAUGCCUGUGUUGUAAGCACUGCAGUUUUCGGGAAAAUGAACUGCAUGGCAAUAAGUAGAUUAAGUACAGCAAUGGCUGCUCUCAGGCUGAGUCUACAAUCCUAGGCAUCCUUACCUGGAAUUAAGCCACACUGAGAACACUGUGUCUGCUUUCUGAACAGACACAAGUGCGCCUUCAAAUGCUCAUCGCCAAGUUAAAACCCAUCCCCAUAAUACAUUCAAGUGUUUUGGGGUCUUUCCCCAUCUCUUGGGAAUAAUGUAGUGAUGGGAUUUGCAGGAGACUGCUUGCCUAUAGUGCCUAUCAGCAUUAACUCCCAACCCAUCAAGAAUGAUCUUGGACCAGAGAGUUCCACUAAGGUGCACACACUGCUAGGCAGAGCAGACAAAGUCAGUUUCUCAGUUGAUAUAGCAGCAUUGGAGUAGAGAAGCUUAGCAAGCAGAAGCCUAUUCAAGAAGCCAGAAAGUAGCAUUGCAAUUCCCAGCGAAUUAAUCAGCUUUGCAGUAUCCAUUCCAUAGCUGUGUAGGUGAUCAGACAACAUCACACAUCAGUAGAUGAAAACUCGCCCAAUUAAGUGAUAAUUCACAAUUUUCCCCCAUUUCCUCCACAGCAUUCUGGGUAGCUAUAAGAGCAAGGCUUUGCAGCAGCCCUGCCUAGCUGAAAGGUAUAUUUUUUUGAAAAUUUCUGUUGACCUAUGUUACCACAUUCCUUACCACUAGGUUUACAUGCCAAUGCCUCGUUCUCACCCUCCUGUGAUGGAUCCUAGUAUUGCCACUUAAAAAUGAGG